CUAGCUCGGCUAGCGGCUCGCUUGACGUAACCGGGAUGUCUCAUCAUGGCAGACUAACAGCCAGUCCUGAAAGUAAAAGCAGUUGCUGAACUCCUCGGAGCUCCAUGGCUACCGUAUGACUACAAUAUUCCCCCGCGGCGUCGUUAACGUGAGACAACAACCGGCUCACAGACAGGGCGGGAAGUGAGUUUGAAGCUGAAGGACUACUUUGUGCCGCUCUGUUGCUAUAACUUCGCUCCGUCCAGCCGCCGCUCCGCCGCUCCGCUCCGCCGCUGAGCCGCCGAGCCGCGGCCACACCGGACCACACCCUCCCUGCUUCCUCAUAGUACUGCAGCGGGAGCGCGCAGCACGGCGCAGAAUCUGUGGGAAUAACGGCCACUCUCUUCCAGCUACGGUUACGGUUUCAUUACCGUAGAAGCUCCCGAGACAAGUGAGUUAAAUGUUCAACGACCGCCGACUGGUAUGGAUAUGAGGAGCGAGUCCCCACAGGAGCUAUGCGGGGCUACGCGGUCUCUGGUCCCGAGUUAAGACGCGGUGGAGGCGGUGGAGGGCGGACACACGGACGAUGCAUAUGGAGGCGAAGCGACCGGAGCAACUACUGCUAGCGUCUAACCCAGGACUGUGUCUGAAGAAGAAGAGGUUGAAAGUGGACUGAAGGGGUUCGUGUUGUUGGAAAGUUUCCCUCUCGGUGGAUGUUACUUCUUGUGGGGGGGACUCAUGAGAGGAUGGUGCUGGAGGGAAACACAAGUCUUCCCGCUGUCCACAAGAGCUGCCCGGGUGGUGCCCCGGUUAGAACCAGCAUGAGUCCGCCAGGCCGGUCACACUCAGCGGGAACAAGGCGGACAAGAUCUCGGUGCUGUUUCAGGCUACUUGCUCUGCUGCGGGUGGACACAAAAUGAGAUCCUAUUGAUUCUAGUCCCAACGAGACUGAACAGCCAUUGAAGUUAGUAAAUGUUGAGGUGAUGUUUUUCUCGGCUAAAGUCCUAAAGAGACCCCAAGAAACGUCACAGGAAUAGCACAGAGUCAGUUCAGCAAAUGUAAAUCCAUCUUGUUUCAAACGAUAAGGAGCUUUUAGACAUCAUUUCUAUUAAUCUCAAUCUGCACUUUGCCUCUUUUAGAAGGCACCUCGGUGGCACUGCAGUUUGUGUGUGAUUUUCUUUUUUUUAAUUCAACAACCUGUGAAUGAUUCUGUCCCAUGAAAACCUGGGACGACAAUGAGAAUAUUGACUUUUUGGAUUAUGUUUGUUCAGGGCAUUUAAAUUAAUUUGUCAAGAUAAGAGCAUAUUACACUGAUUACUCUGAAGUUGUAGGGAUUUUGAUUGACUGUGUUACAUUGUAAAACAUUACUAAUAACCGAGGGCAGAUAACUGGGAAUAUGCCAGAUCAUAGUUAUAGAUCGUUAUUAUAGUAUACUAGUAUAGUUAAUUAAUAAUGGGGAAUGUUAUUCAGACAUAAGUAAAUGCAGUUAUUGAGUUUCUACAUGUUUACAGUGAGAAUCCAUGUCCUGUGUGUACAGUUGAUGACCUAUACUCUGAAGGAAUUUAAGGAAGACUGUUUGGCCAGUUGUUAUUUAAAAGAGUUUGUAAAAAGCAGGGAGGUGAGGCUUAUCUUGGAAAUGUCUUAAACAGUACAAUGCAGUGUGCAGCAGCAGAGAACUAUAAAUAACUGAACCCCUCCAGAAGAGCAGUUUGACCCUCGCCCCACCCCCCCUCUCCUUCCACUCCCCUCCUUAUUAUGGCUAGUGGUGGCUCUGGCAAAUCGGCUAGCGAGGGAUCAACCAGCACACCCGGUGGCAGCCUGCAGCAGAGGAAGCGUCUCUCCUCCGUCUGUGACACAUGUAAGGGCAAGAUGCAGCUGGUGGCCGACCUCCUGCUGCUGUCCAGCGAGACCAGGCCGGUCAUGACCUCUGAGGGCGUGGCGGUGGCGGAGACCUUCGACCAGUGCCGUGACACGGUCAUCGCCAGGACCAAAGAGCUCUCCAUUCUCACCCACGACAUCCAGAGCCAGCUCAACAUGGGCCGCUUCACGGAGGUGGGCGACCGUCUCCUGGAGAUGGCCGAUCUGGUGGUGUCUCUGACGGAGUGCUCGGCCCACGCCGCUUACCUGGCGGCCGUGGAGACCUCCGGCUCUCAGCCCUGCCUGCCGGGUCUGGUGGACCGCUACAAGGUGACCCGCUGCCGGCACGAAGUGGAGCAGAGCUGCGGCGUCCUCCGGGUCACGCCCCUGCUGGACCUCACCCCACAGCUCCUCCUCGAGCUCUCUCAGAACAUCUCCACCAGCCUCAAGAAUCUGACGGACAUCUCCUCGCUAGCCAGCGAGCGGUCCAGGGACCGCUUUGCGAAAGAGCAGUUCAAACUGAGCGUCAAGAGCAUGAGCACGAGCGGCACAGCCUUCCUGGCGUGCGUCAAAGAGGUGAAAACCCAGCCCAGCGAGCUGACCAGGAACCGCUGUGUUCUCUUUAGUGCGGCUCUGGUCCAGGCUGUCAGCGCCCUGGUCGGUUUCGCCACGGAACCUCAGUUCCUGGGGAGAGCUGCGAGUAUCUCCACUGAAGGGAAGGGGGUACAGACUGCGGUGUUAGGGGGGGCCAUGAGUGUGGUUUCAGCCUGCGUCCUCCUCACUCAGGGCCUCAGGGACGUCGCACAGCAUCCCGAGAGCAGCUCCAAAAUGGCAGACUACCGCGAGCGUCUGCGUAACUCGGCGUGUGCCGUGUCCGACGGCUGCACCCUGGUCACCCAGGCACUCAGAGAACGCUCCUCUCCAAGGACUCUGCCGCCAGUCAACUCUCAUUCUGUGAAUUAGUUUAGGAAGAGGCAGCAUGUCCCCUCUGUCCUAUUCUGACGUACCAAAGAGACUCACUUGGGUUAUCCCUGUUCAUCAGGUUUAGAGUCAGAGUAACAUCAGUAGAAGGCUGUCGGUGGGUCUGUUCACGUGGCUGAAGUGUGUUUGAAUGCAGAGGAGCGCUAACAAACGCUACAGGGUUUUGUGUCGCGCUGGCUGCGGCUCAAACCUUGUUCCGAACGGACCCCCGUUGAGCUCUCUGGGCCUGACGUGGCGGGCUCAGCUGUGACCACCCGCUCUCACCGACAGACGAGCAGCCUUCAAACCUGAAAAGUUUACCUCAGUUUUCAGCUUCGGUGAAAACAGCAGCCUCGAUGAUGGAUGUAGCCUCACUGUGUGAACCCUAUGGUUGGCUGACCUGCUCGAUUACAUGUGCUUUGUGAGAUUGGAAAAGAGUGAUCCGAGUGUCUCGAUGCUUGUUUUUGUUUUUUUUCAACAUGUGUGAAUUCUUAAUUGGUAAAAAGCUGCUGUGAGUGUGUGCCAUAGGUUUUACACUAUUUACCAGACUUCCCAUAGUAUUUUAAAGUGUUUUGAUCAUGCAUGUAUUGGAGUAUUUAUUUCAACUAUUAAAAAUGUUGUUUCCGACA